AUGGAGGACCAGCUCUUCAAAAUGUAUAUCCCCAAGUUCAAGGCCCUCUUUAAAAUGCACCACAACUAUGGUCGUAUAACCGCAAAGGAGCUUGGUAAAGUGAUGAGUGUCUACGGUCUGGACAAGACCAGAGCCGAGCUUCAGGACAUGAUCAACGAAGAGGGUGCAGGUGCAGAUCGUAAUGGUACUAUUGACUUAACCGGAUUCUUGUACCUUAUGGCUAGGAUGGUGAAGGGCGACUACUCUGGGUCAGGACCCACAUAUGCAUUGAAAGACUUAGACAAAGACCAAAAAGGUAAAGCUCCAUCGGCUGAUGAGUGA